UUUUGUUGUCUGAGUUUGUUAACAUCUGGCAGGGAUCGAGCUGGAAGACCGAAAACAGCCUGCGUAGUUCAGACCAAGUCAUGAUCAUCCAUUAACCUCGUAAUUCGUACAAUCUCACCGCUCAGCAUGGUCAAAACCGCCGGAGAAAAAGCUCUAGCCGCCUUGAAAACCGUGGUUAUCGACCAAGGCGUCUUCAAAUACGUCCUGAUCGAAGUCACUGCCGAAGAUGAAUCCGGCCAAGAAGUGACACGACAUUUGGUCCGAGGCCAUCAAUCCGCCGAAUAUCACGCCGACAUUUACGAUCCCGAAGAAGAAGCCAUUCGUUUCCAAGGGCUGGACGCUCAAUGUUUGGGAGGGGGGCGGAUCCAACAUGACCCAGCCCGGAAAUAUAUCAAAGUCUACGGAUACUCGUUAGGAUUCGGUCGAGCUAAUCAUGCCCGUGUAGUGGAAAUCCUCCAAACUGCGUAUCCGGAGGAUUACACUUUCGAAUGGUCUGACGAAGGUUACUAAUUGUUAAAUCUCAUCUCAUCAUGGGUUGGCAUCAAUUACCCAAUGAACUUUUGGUCCAGAUCUUCACACACUUAGAGCUUGGUGAAGUUCGCCACAUGGCAGCUGUGUGCUCCCAAUGGCGCCAUGUGGCGGUUCAAUUCUUUUGGUGGCCUCAGGUUGAAGCCUUGGCUAAAAGUGACUUUUCCGUCAAACAAAGACUCCUGGCACUAACCGAAUCAGGCGAUCCUGAUUCUCGCUUGCGAACUUUCUGUGAGUGCUUCGGUCGAGCCCGGUCUUUAUGGUCUGAACCCCGACAUGUGAAGCAUCAUAUUGCUCCCCUCUUUAACCACGAGCCUGCUGAGGGUUUCCUGAAUUAUCAGAUGGAAAUGUUCUCGUAUCAAGACCAACUUAUUUUAGUCCUAGGCAGCGCUCAAAUCGAGAUUUGGGAUCAUGUCAAACUGGAACGGAGUCAAGUGAUCGUUGAGCGUUCCUUGGAGAGAAGCAAACUUGAAGUGAACAUUCAUCGGCAUCUUUUAGUCAUCUUCCACCGAUCCGCGGCCUUGAUCAGGAUUUUCGACCUGGAGCAAUUCAUGUUUGUCUUUGAACGAACCAUUGAAUCGAGGUUCCUGGCUCUUAAUGAAGGGGGCCUAGUUUGUACCAAUACCAUCGGAUUGAAUGAUCGGCAUGUGAUAUUUGUUCAACCUCAUGGGAGCCUAGUCAUCUUAGAACACGGGCUAAUCCACCAGUUGCAAUAUCCGACCAAUUCUGAGCCCCUUUUGGAUGCCACUCCAGGAUUGGAUGUGAAUAGCGGUCCUUGUGGGCUGCAAAUGAAUGAUCAGUUUGUCGUCGUGGACACGUGGAGGACCUUGGAACCUUUUCCGUUUGUUCGACAAUACGAUUCGAGCUCAUAUUCCAACUCUAAAGCUCCUGCAUGGAUCCAAUUCCGCCUACCUGCAGUUCCUCAUGUCAGUAAAUUGGUGGAUAGCAAGCUUUCAAAUAGUCAUCUGAUCGCCACCGUGAAUAUUGAUUCGACAGAUGGGGACGAUUCCACCCAAACUAAAUUACGAAUCUUUAACUUGCGCAAUCGUCAAUGUGUGUACUGUGGAGAAACAUCCUCGCCACUUUUGGGCGCUCAAAAAGCCCCUAUUCAAUGGUUGCAGAACGACACUCAAUUGGCUUUCCUAUUAGUGCCAAGUGACAUUGCGAUGAAAUCUGAUUCCCUUUUAUUCACUACAAUGACCAUACUCGAUUUGAAAUCGAGCCAGUUUUGGACCUUGGGGGACGCCUUUCUCACUGAGGAGACCUACCCAAAAGUGAUAGUUCACAGUUUCUUCUUGACUCAUCAUCGCGUGAAAUUGGUGACCAACCCAAAGCAAGACGAAGGGCUCCGAUUUGAAAUGUAUCUUGAAAGCAAGAGCUUUUGGCCGAAUAUUGAAUAAUGAUUUUAAAGCUUGGA